CGCACGUUGGCUGACUUGUCCUGACGAGGUGACGUCAUUUCUGUCUUGUUGGAAGGUGAUUUCACCAGGAAGAGAGUUGCGUUAGCUAGCUAUAGAGACAAAACAACAGAAAGUAUAUCGUGAGUAUAUUUCGUGGCACGACAAGAGGUGACUAACAGUUAAAAAGCAGAGUCUUAUUUUGGCCUGAAGCUUUGCCGAUGUCUGUCGUGGAGGAAUUCCCGGAGAUGGACAGAGCGGACCUCCUAGGGCUGCUCUUUCAUGACGAAAGCGCCGGAGCUAACGACGUUUUCUUCCCUGACGGAAGUGCGCUGAUGGAGGACUUGUUUUCUGAACAGGAUAUGUUUGGCGGCGUUGACACGGACGACUUCCUGUCCAGCCUCCUGGGCGAGGACGACAGCGCCCCCUGCCUGUCGCACUCGCCGCUGGGCAGCGACAGCGGGAUAUCCGACGACAACAACAACAGCGCCUGCCUCAGCCCCGGGACCAGCGACAGCGACCGGGUCCCCAGCCCCGCCCUCCUGACCGACGUCCAAUCGGAGGCAGCGGAGACGGUGCAGACGGACCACUGCUAUUCGCUCCAGCAGCACGGCGCCGAGGACACCCUGCAGAGCGUGAGGUCUGAGAAGCCCGACACCGACGUCUUCAUCGAUUUGGCCUGGGACAGCAGUGACAUGAUGGAGGACCAUUCUGAGGAAGUUCCCCCCUGCACUCUGGCAAUAGAGGACACCCCACAAUGCAACAGCCCGAGCCAGGUGUGUUUCUCCACCUUCCAGUCUCAGUUCCAGUUCCAGGAAAUUGUCCUGACAGAUGAGGAAAGGCGGCUCCUUGCUAAAGAAGGUGCAUCUCUACCAGCACACCUGCCUCUUACAAAGGCCGAGGAAAGAACCCUGAAGAGGGUGAGGAGGAAGAUCCGGAACAAGCAGUCCGCCCAGGAGAGCAGGAAGAAGAAGAAGGUGUAUGUGGAUGGCCUGGAGAACAGGGUGGCAGUGUGCACUGCACACAACCUGGAACUGCAGAAGAAAGUCCAACUGCUGCAGAAAGAGAACAUGUCUCUGAUUGAGCAGCUGAAGAAGCUGCAGGCCCUUAUGAAGCUGUCCACCAUGAAGACCAGCACCACCAGCACCUGCAUUAUGGUGUUCCUGCUCUCCUUCUGCCUGAUCAUCUUCCCCUCCGUCAACCCCUUUGGGAGCAGCGGGGGUCAGAAGGAGCUCUACACCCCCUCAGGAGUGCUCUCCAGAACCCUUCGCUCUGUGUCCGUGCUCGACAGCGUCGAGGUCGCGUCGUCUAAAGAGUCAGCCGACGACGAAGAGCCCCUCCUGCUGGCCAAAGUGGAGAACAGCAAGGCCAUGUUCUCCGGCAACCAGAACCACACGCCGGACUACCAGCAGGUGGAGCGGCCCGACCCCGAGUCCGGAGUCAACGGCAACUCCUCCUCCGACUUCCCCAGCCCGGCCGGCGCCGAGGUGAAGCCGGGCGCUGGGGGGGGCGCGGGCGUGGCCGAGGGGUCCAGGGGCGGAGCCAUGGCCCAGGUGGACUACCAGGUGCCCGGGACCAAGGAGAACUGGAUCGACCGAAAACCGACCUCGGUCAUAAUCCAGCAGCAUCGAUCAGACGAGAUGUAGGAAAUGGGGAAAUUGGGAGGGGGGGGGGGGGUGCUUCUUCCUGAGGUCUGCUGCAGAAGAUUCAGUGGUGGAAUAUGUAUAUAUGGGGUGGGGUGGGGUGGGGUGGGGGCGGGGGCUUGGGGGAGGUGCUAGUAAAUAAGCUUUCCUCCGUGGAGCGUUUUCUGAUAGGACAAAUAGCCUUCACUGUCUCCCUGGUGGAACUGUUUAUGUCUCGUGUUUGCACUUUGCAUUCGUCAGACCUCCUCUCUGUCCGUCAGGGCUUCCUGUUAACCGUCACUUUCAUUUGCAUUUUUAUACCCUUGGAAAUAUAUGUGCACAUAACACAUACAACGUGCAAUUUAUAUACAUGCAUACGUACGUACAUGCAUACAUACAUACAUACAUACAGAUAUUUUAAUGUUGUGAUGGGCAUGCUUGCUCAGGUGCCUAUAGUGCAUGGGUACGGGUGAUUAUCGUGGGAAAGAGAUCUUUGGCCGCAUUUGUGAUCGAUUUUCUUUCAGUCUAAGCCAUGCGAAACUUGGCUCUUUAGAAAUUAGGCAAGUUUCAUUUUGUUUCCCUUGUAGCAAGGGUCUCCGCAGCUUUUACAUGUGGUGAGGCAGCCGCGGGCAUUCCCUUUCUGGCGCAUUGUGUAUUCGUUUCAUUUUUAUAAGUCAUAGAUCAUACUGUUCAUUUUUUCUUAAAAUUUUUUAUUGUGUUCUACGAAUGGAACAAACUUAUCGAAGGACUGUAAAUGUUAACGUGGAUGUAUAUGUGUAAUGAUUGCUUUAAAAAAAGGGGGAGUUGUGGCAUAUAAAUUAAUGUGGUGCUUGAAGCUUGAAUCCCAGCUUGUAAACGUACGACAAACACUUGUCCAUUUGAGGUAGCUACACAUAACGGGGCAGAUGGGUAGACUGUGAAACUCAGAAACUGAGUAUGGAAAUGCAGUACAGAUCUGUCCUUUGUGUGUGUAUGUAUUUGCCCCCCCCCCCCUUUUUAAAUUUUUUUUUUUCUUCUGAGAUGAGGACAUUUAUUGUGACCCUAUUUGGAUGUAUCGUGUAAUUAUAAAUGUAGAUAAAAAUGAAAAUGUCAUGACCUGUUUGUGACAGUGAAGCAUUUUUGUUGUGUAAGAUGUUUAUGCAGUUAUUGGUAUUAUACCUUCUAGCCUGUUGAUCAGAUAUGCUACUUAUGCUAUUAAGUAUUUGCUGGUAUUCCACUGUCUCUGAGGUUGGUCUUUAUUACCUGAUUUGUUUAGUCUUACAGUAUAGCUCUAUUGACACAUGUUGACAUGUGGCCAGUAAGUUUAGUUUUUGUCUCUGAGAUUUAUGUUCCCAUCAAUUUUAAAUUACAUAAAACCAUAUCGUUGGA